CUGCGGGAAGGGCUCUGGCUGUGGGGUUGCCCCCCCUUUGCCCCUUUUGUGCCCCCCCCAGGCCCGAUGCCCGCCUGCAGCUGUGGCGGUGGCCCCGGCGUGGCGCAGGGGCAGUGGUAUGGGGUGCGCUCCUACCUCCACCUCUUCUACAAGGACUUCACCAGGGCCAGCCCGGAUGGGGUUGGGGCUGAACCCUCACCUGCCCGCCCCCCCAGCACCCGGCCCUCUGUUAUAUGGAAGGUGAGCCUCUCCACGGGGAUCCUGCUCCUGCUGGUGGGGGCGGCCGCCCUGGGCACGGGCUGGUUGGUGCCCCCCAGGCUGGAGGGCAUCGGGGAGGAGGAUUUCGUGGUGCUGGACCCGCGGGCAGCGCGCUACAACCGGGUGCUGGGGCUGGGCCUGGCGCUGUGCGUGGUGGCCGCGGUGCUGAGCGCCGUGGGGCUCCUCUGCUGCGUGCUGAGCCCUGCCGGGGGGGUCCCGCCGAGCCCCCAGGACGAGGAGCAGCAGCUCUCCCCCAUCCUGCGCCACAGCAGCCCCCCCACCGUGCCGUUUGGUGCCUCCUGCAUCCACAGCGUCCUGCCACAGCGUCCUGCCCGCGAGGGUCGGACCCCCUGA